UCAAGGAGCCCCCGAAGCCCAAGCAGGUGGAUCGAUGGACGGAAAAACGGGCCUUGUUCGGGGUCUACGAUAACGUGGGGAUCCUGGGUGGCUUCCAGAUGCACCCCAAGAACCUCAUCGUAGGGCCCAAGUGGCUGCAAGGCUGGCGGGGGGACGAGGUGGGGGGGGAUCCGCAAGGAGGAGAGAGGUGCAUCCGCAAGAAGCAGAUGGUGGGAGAUCGGAUGUUUGUAGAGGACUACCACAAACUCAACAAGAGGAUCCGGUACUUGUACAGGCGCUUCAAUCGUACCGGGAAGCACCGCUAG